AUGACGACGGACAAUGCUCACUUCCACACGAGACUUAGCAGAAAAGCUCCGAUAAAUGGAGAAACAAAGAUUAUUUCGCGAUCGUCACCUUCUAGAGGAGUCGUUACAUACACACUCCAAAUUGGUGUUGUAUCGGUACCAAACGUCUCCAUUACAGAAGUGACCGACUAUGUCUCUGCCCAUGCCCUAGAAAUAUUCGAAAACCAGAAGUUCGAGCAUGACAUCAAUGAAGCCGAGAAGAGACAGAAAGAUCUCAUGGCCGCAAAGGCAUACGCUCGCAAACAAAACAGAAUCUUAGACGCCGACACAGCCUCUGAUUCUUCCUCGGCUCGUGCUAGAUCCGUGUCUGGCACCCCGUUUUCUGGCGCUGAACACAGCAGAGCGACAGUUGGUGGUAGGCAAAGACCAACAUACACGCAUUUCUACCCUAAGCAACGGGCACCACGAGGAUCUCUCAAAACCACCACCUUUACUCAUAACAAUGGGCCGUAUGGAACAACCGAAUCAAGAGGCAAUGGCAAUCACAGAGAUAGCAAAAGACGCCGAAUGAGAGAGGAUCGUGCUGGCAGCGACGUGCAGAGCAUCUAUAGCGUGGUCUCUCCUGACCCACCAACCCAGCCACCUUCGGCCAUGGAGCAGGCGGCAGGUCUAAUCUCAGACGCACGCGAGUCUGAUCCAAUGGAAUUGGACGACGAGUCCGAUUGUGACGUCGAUAUGCCUAUUCGACAGCCAACACCCAGUGUCUCGGCCACAGCCGAUGAGGUAGUCAGAGAUGACAAAGGCAAGGGCGCGGCAAGCGCUUUCUUCACAUUUAGAGAUCAUGCCAUGCCUCCGGCCCCGCAACCUUUAUCCGCCAAAGCAAAACUCGUGGCCUCACUGACUGCACGGCAAGUGUCCACUACUCCGGCAAAGGCAAGCAUGCCAUCGGCAUCAACGUUCAGCUCUGUCCGUCCAACCGAGACACAAAACUCGAGCGUCAACCCUGCCCGUCAAGCAGUCGUUGACCUCGAUGACUCCGAUGCUGAUUCUGACUCCGACGAAUCCGAAGUAUACAUUGUCGAGAAGAUUCUCGCCCACAGCCUCUCGGAUCCUAGAUCUCACAAUAAGUCUGUCCGUGGCGACAAGCCAGUCAUGCUGUACCAAGUCAAGUGGGAGGGCUACGACGACACAACCUGGGAGCCAGAAGCAAGUUUCCAGGACAGGGAUGUGCUGGAGCAGUAUCUGGCACAGCAAGAGCAGAAGCAGAAGGAGAAACAAAAACAGAAACAGAAGUUGGUGGCUUCGUCACCAAAGGACACUUGA